CUCAAUAUUCACAGAGAGACAGGACAAGGUAGACUUGACUCUUGUCCGGAGAUUGUCCCUGGCUACUUCAACCUAGGAAACCCACACUUCUACAAAAUGGCAAGUAAGAUAAUGGAAAGCUUUGGGAAGAAGUUGAUUCGUAGACGAAUUGUUGACUGCAACACAGAUGAAACCCGGUUUGUUAGAUGCCUGACAACAUUAGAUCUAAUUGCACUUGGGGUCGGCAGUACUCUUGGGGCAGGUGUGUACGUUUUAGCAGGUGAAGUAGCCAGGGACAAGGCAGGUCCUGCUAUUGUCCUUUGUUUCUUGAUCUCUGCUCUUGCCUCAGUACUUGCUGGCUUGUGCUAUGCUGAGUUUGGUGCCAGAGUUCCCAAGACUGGAUCUGCUUACCUCUACAGCUACGUGACUGUGGGUGAAAUAUGGGCUUUUAUAACCGGCUGGAAUUUAAUCUUAUCAUAUGUGUUGGGUACGGCAAGUGUUGCUAGAGCUUGGAGUUCUACGUUCGACAAUCUCAUCGAUCAGAAAAUUUCGACUUUUUUUGAAAGCCACUUGAAUAUGAAUUGUCCUGGUGUACUUGCAACAUAUCCAGACAUAUUUGCAGUCAUCCUAAUCUUGCUUCUUACAGGUCUUUUGGCAUUUGGAGUGAGUGAGUCAGCACUCGUGAACAAAAUCUUUACUGCUAUUAAUCUAAUGGUCCUGUGCUUUGUCAUUAUAACGGGCUUUGUAAAAGGUGACAUCAAGAACUGGCAGCUUACAGCAUCUGACUACAAUGAGACUUAUAUCAACAGUACUGAAUCAGGAGGAAAGUUUGGCUCUGGUGGAUUCACUCCUUUUGGAUUUUUUGGGGUUCUCACAGGAGCAGCAACUUGCUUCUAUGCCUUUGUAGGAUUUGAUUGUAUUGCGACUACAGGAGAGGAAGCAAAAAAUCCUCAGAAGUCAAUUCCUAUUGGGAUUGUGGUUUCCCUGCUGAUCUGUUUUGUGGCCUACUUUGGUGUAUCUGCUGCUCUCACACUUAUGAUGCCUUACUACAUACUGAACAAGAAAAGCCCACUACCUGAGGCCUUUAAAUAUGUUGGCUGGGAACCUGCUCGCUAUCUUGUAGCCUUUGGCUCUCUCUGUGCUCUCUCUACCAGCCUGCUGGGCUCCAUGUUCCCUAUGCCUCGUGUCAUAUAUGCAAUGGCUGAAGAUGGAUUACUUUUCCGGUUCCUGGGGAACACGCACAAAAAAACCAAGACCCCAGUGCAUGCAACCAUCGUUUCUGGCAUUGUUGCUGCUAUCAUGGCACUACUAUUUGACCUGGAUGUCCUGGUUGACCUCAUGUCUAUUGGUACACUGCUUGCGUAUACCCUGGUGGCAGCUUGUGUUCUUAUCCUCCGAUACCAGCCUUCUCCUCUCCUCAAAUGUGAUUUGUAUGAAAUGACUCAAUUUGGAGUAAAUAAAAGCAGCUCGGCAAGCCAAAUGAACUGCGAGGAUUAUCAGGCUGAAGAAAAUACCUCAGUGAGCUUUAAACUGCUGUUCAAACCAGAACAACAUACCCCAACUAAAUGUUCCGGAUUAAUUAUUUAUAUCAAUGUUGGAAUCCUCUCGAUUGUUUUGACUUGUAUUUGCAUUGUACUGGCAAAAUGUUAUGAGGAGUUAUCCAAUGGACAUAUCAUCUGGAUGACGGUACUUGUAAUACUGUGCGUCGUUGCUGCUAUUAUUACCUUCAUUAUAUGGACACAACCACAGAACGAAACCUCACUUAGUUUUAAGGUGCCACUUCUGCCAUUCCUUCCUAUUGUCAGUAUGUUUAUAAAUGUUUACCUGAUGGUGAUGUUGGAUUUGGGCACCUGGAUUCGGUUUGGAAUUUGGAUGUUAAUAGGUUUUGUUAUCUACUUUGGUUAUGGAAUGCAGAACAGCUCUGAGAACCAACAAUCCUCUUUCAGUCCUGUAGGCUCGGAUAGUCAAGAGAAAAUGCUUGACUGCAACAUUUUACUCACUCCAGCAAAAAUGAAGGAAAUAUCAACAGCAUAAUAGAGAAAAUAUUGAAAGGGGUGAUCCCUAUUUACACUGACAUUUAUAUUUUCUUACCAAUUGCAUUUAUUUCUGUUUUUCAUAAUGGAAUGUUACAAGUUGAGAUGACAUAUUUUGCCUUUUUAUAUUUCAGUGCUCCUCACUUCCUUGAGGGGUUAUGCAAUUGACCCAAGGCGAGGGGUUACGGGGAGGUUUUUUAUUCCCACUGACAAUUCAUUAAUAAUAAAAAGGCUACUUAACUUCUGUUGAUACUGUUUGACAUCAUGACUACCAUUUUAUUGUAGCCAAGCUCUCAUUCUGUUUACACAUCAGCAAGAAGCUUUCUUACUGUUUUGAGAAAGGUCAAGGCCUGCAUGAGCAAAGAACAGAAGUACAGCACAGGAAUAGCUCCUUCAGCCCUCCAAGCCCAUGCCAAUUUAUUAUGCCCUAACUAAACUAAAAAAACAAAUCUUCUGCCCUUAUUCACUCCGUAUCCCUCUAUUCCCUCCCUAUUCAUGAAACCUUUCAGAUACACUUAAAUGAUGCCAACUUGCCUCCUUCCACCACCACUUCUGGCAGUGCGUUCCAGGCUCCUACCACUCUGAGAAAAACUUUACUCGCACAUCUCCCUUAAACUCUCCCCCUCUUGCCUUGAACUUGUGCCCCCUUGUAAUUGAAACUUCAAGGCUGGGAUAAAGCUUCAGACUAUCUAACCUAUCCACACUUCUCAUAAUUUUAUAGACCUCUGUUAGGUCUCCUCUGAGUGAAAACAAUCCUAGUCUUUUGAACCUUUCCUCAUACCAAGCCCCUCAAGACGAGGCAAGAUCCUGGUGAACCUUCUUUGCUUUCUCUCUCCAAAGCUUCCGUAUCCUUCUGGUGGUAUGGCAACCAGAACUGCACACAGUACUCCAAAUGUAGCCUUACAAGGGUUUUAUAUAGCUGCAAUAUGAUUUGCCAACUCUUGUACUCCAUGCCCUGGCCAAUUGAAGGCAAGCAUGCCAUAUGCUGCCUUAAUCACCUUAGCAACCUGUGUUGCCACUUUUAGGGAACUGUGGACCUGCACGCUUAAAUCAGUCUGUAUGUUCAUGGUCCUAAGAGUUAUGCCAUUUACAGAAUAAUUCACAUGUAAAUUUGAUCCUCCAAAAUACAUCACCUCUCAUUUGUUUUGAUUAAACUCUGCCUGUGCUCAAGCUGCCAAUCUAAUUAUAUCUUCCUUUUUCCUUUCACUGUCACUAUCAGCUUCUACACCAAUCUCUGUGUCAUCAGCAAACUUACUAACAGACCAAUCGCAUUUUCCUCCAGAUCAUUCAUGUAUACUACAAACAACAGAGGACUGAAGACUGAUCCCUAUAGAACACCACUAGUUACCAGUUUCUAUUAGGUAAAUCUUCUACUGCUAGCCUCUAUUUUCAAUGACCACACCAGUUUUGUAUCCAUCUAGUCAACCCACCCCAAAUCUCAUAUGAUUUUAGUUUUUGUACCAAUCUGCAAUGUGCUUCUUUAGCAAAUACUUACUAAAAUCCUUUUAAACUACAUCUACAGCUCUUUCCUCAUCGAUUAUCUUCAUCACCGCUUCAAAAACUUCAAUCAGGUUGGUGAGACGUGACCUUCCCUGUAUAAAACCUUGCUGCCUUUUAUGAACCAGUCCAUUUUCUUCCAGCUGUGCAUAUAUCUUGUCUCUCCAUAUCUCCUCCCAAGAGUUUCCCCACCACAGUCUUCAAGCUGGCUGGCCUGUAAUUUCCUGGAUUAUCCCCCUGGUUUACUCCCUUAAACAAGGGAAUAACUUUUGGCUACUCUCCAAUCCUUUUGUAACCUUUCCUCUGGUCAAAGAUGAUGUGGAGAUAUCUGUUAAUGCCAUGUCUAUUUCUUCCCUUGCCUUGACAUUCCUGAUGAAGGCUUAUGCUGGAAAUGUCGAUUCUCUUGCUCCCUCAAAUGCUGCCUGACCUGCUUUGUUUUUCCAGCAGCACGCUCAAUUCUGAUCUCAGCAUCUGCAGUCCUCACUUUCUCCUACUUGACAUUCCUAUGUAUGUUCAUUUGAUGUAACUUUACCAGAUAUAACUUUACAAUAAAGUGGGCAAUGGAGUUUCAUAAUGUCAACGGAUUAUUAAGUAGAAUGGUAUCAUCUCAACCCAUUCAAUUGAUAUUCCCUUGAAUUAUAAGCUCAAGUCUUUUUCUGUUUGCAUCGGAAAAGAUUCAUUGUUAUUUAUUGGCUCUGUAUUCUUGAAAUUAAAUUGGCAUUGAUGUUUUUCAGUUAAAACUUUAAUGUAGAGAAAUCACAGCUAUGUUACAGUAAAAAGAUGUGUGUCUUUGUGAAACAAAGUUACUAAUGGAUAAAAUGUUUACGGCCAGGCUUGUAGUUGAUGGCCAGUUGAUAUUCUCUCUGCUGUGCUGUAGUAAUAUACAAAGCUUAGGAGAAGGGGUGAUGAAAAUGUCUCAUCAGUUUGUAGUUGUAAUGCUGAUCUAGGCCAGCUCCACAUGGCUAUUUCUUAAUUCCCAGUGUUUUUGUUUAGAGUGCAGAGAUACCAGCUUGGUUGUAUACACUUUUAUGUAAAUAUUCUGGUAUUUUAUAAGUACUAUCUAUCUUUCAUUGUACAGCUAAAUACAUGGUUCGGUGGGGGUAGAAGCAGAUACUUUUCUUUAAGAAAGCACUUGAGCUUGCUACCAGAAUGUGAAACUGCCAUUGCAAAUUAGCUGUCUGCAAUGGAAAGUGCCUAAUUUUCGUUUCCACUUAAGUAUUGAAACUGAAAAUUAGGGGUUUUCUUCAUGAGUAGCUAAUCUCAAAUAUCAUCAGUUUGAGACCUGGAUAGCAAACUGAAAAUUUAAUCUAGUGUCUCCAUAUAACUCUCAAACAUGAACUGUUGUAACCUGUUACAAAAACAGAAAAUUGUGGACCAAAGAAUUAAAUAGGUAAAACAAUUUUCAUAUUGGCUAAAUUAACACAGUAUUGGGACUGCAGUGAAAGGGACUGUAUUUAUUCUUCCAUUGUUCAUGUUGGACAACAUUUCACAACGAACGCGGUGUGAAAUCUUGUCCCGCAUUCUUUUUAAAAUUUAUUUUGCCUUGUCUCAGUCCAAAUGAUUUCAUUUAUCUAAUGUUUACUCUGGGGUAAUUAUACUUGCUUGGCAUUGCUUUGUAUGUGGAUCAUUAUUUGAACAUUGUAAUGCAUUUUCUUAAAUGACAGAGAACACAAACUGAUUUAAAAAGUUCACAUUGCUAGUUCAAAGUCAAAUGAUAAUGACUUUCUCCUAAUUCAUCCUUCACUAAAGUGGAUGUAAAUAGCAAAGUGUUUCUAAUAAUAUUUGUGAAUCUGUAUCGUGAUCAAUGAAAGGAAAAUAUUAUCAAAUGAUAAUUUUAUUCCUUUGGAGUAUUUUACAUAUCAAGUUGUGUCUUCCAUAAAGAAAUUUGUCAGUUAUUUUCUCAAAGUUUAAACAAUAAUAAAUUAAAUUGUUUUUAUUAGUUUGAGGAAAUAAUAGUCAACACACUCAGAUUUUUAUUUAAUAAUACUAAUAAAAAUGGAAGAAAAUGCCUGUAAAUAUU